UUGGAGCUGACCAAAAGGGUAACCCUGGCGUUCCACUGGGCCUUGCGCCACCAGAGCCGGGUCAGGGGCAUCGACUGCAUGGAAGCCAUCGUCCGACCGCUGGCGUGGGAUGAAUGGCCGGAGCGCUCCCGGGCGCUGUUCCAGUCGAUGCGCUCUCCGGCGGGUGAGGACAUCAUCCUGGAGAAGAACGUGUUCGUGGAACGCAUCCUGCCGGCCAGCGUAAUGCGGGGUCUGGGCGAAGCGGACAUGGAGGUGUAUCGUCGACCCUACCCUGAAGUUGGGGAGUCCCGGCGGCCGACGCUGACCCGGCCACGCCAGAUACCGCUGGACGGCGAGCCCGCCGACGCGGUGGCGAUCGUGGACGACUACGCCGGUUGGCUCAGCGUCAGCGACGUUCCCUAG